CUCAGAGCAAGACAAGGCCGACUGGAUUAAGGCUCUCCAGGAGACCAUCGAGAUCUUCCAACAAAAAAACGAGUCAUUCAAGAACGCCCUGAAGGACGUAGAAGACGUGUCGGAAGCYGAGCUGGGAAAGCGGGCCCCUCGAUGGAUCCGCGACAACGAAGUGACGAUGUGCAUGAAAUGCAAGGAGUCUUUCAACGCCAUCACACGGAGGAGACAUCACUGCAGAGCCUGCGGCUACGUGGUGUGCUGGAAAUGCUCCGAGUACAAGGCGCACCUUGAAUAUGACGGCUACAAGAUGAACAAAGUCUGCAAAGACUGCUACUCGAUCCUGUCAGGACAAGGAGUYACUGAGGACAAGAAGAAAGGCAUUCUAGAGAUUGAAGCCAGUCAGUUUGCGGUCAGCAGCAUCAUCUGUGGCUCCCUGCAGUACUCUGAGAAAGGCAAAAUUUGGCAGAAGGUCUGGGGUGUGAUCCCUGAGAAGGAGUGUCUGGUGCUCUACCUCUACGGAGCUCAACAGGACGUGAAGGCCCUGUGCGCCAUCCCCUUACUGGGCUACAACGUGGAAGAUAACCCCCGACACACGGACCCCCCAGCCAGCUUCCGCCUGUGCCAGUCCAAGUCUGUGCACAACUUUGCUGCCGAGUCUGAGGAGGUCAAGCAGCGCUGGAUGAAAGUGAUCCGAGAGGCGGCGACCGGAGAGAUCCUGGCCCGACCCGAGACUAACGGCAGUGCCAACACCAUGGACCACAACAACACGCAGGAAGCCAAYGCAGACGGCACAUAACCGGUGUGCGGUUUCACAGCCUCCAAACUGCUGUUCUGGACCGGUCGAGAUGAAAGGGACGUGUGGACAAAAUGCAAACACUUUCCCUCCCUUAACGUUCUUGACUCAAAGCRGACCGAUUAGUGCUGGAUAAGCUUUCCUUCCACUUCUGCUGUCUCCUGGAUUUCCUCCUGUUAGAACUGUGCUGGAUUACUAACAAACAUUUCUGGUGCAAUCAACACUAGAGCAGAGGAGCUUCAGGAAGCCCCCCCAACGUGCACUAUCAAGGACAGCUCAAACUCUUCAGAGCCCCUCUAGAACUUCCCCAGCCGCUUUGAGGAUCAGAACAAACGGACGAUCCAAAACUCUGCUGGUGCUGUAAUUUUAUGUUCUUGUAUAGUCAACAUUUUUUUUAUUGAAAAAGGAACAUKUUUUAUGUACAUAAAUUAGUCACAAGCUUUGCUUCUAUGAAAAAGAAACCAUCAGAAUAAGAUCAUAACGAUGGUCUCAUCUCUCCUCUCUUAUCUCCAACUCAAAGUCUCUUAAAGAUGGUGUUUAUUCUGAUGCUGAAGGAACAAAUACUCCAAACUGAAACUGUUAGAGCAGUUCGAUCAUCCUAAAGUUGGUUGAGUUUAAAAUAUUGUGGUGCCAGAUGAAUGGGGAGCUAUAUUAUCUAUUGUAUGAGCAGUUAUACAAAAGUUAAUUUGUUCUGGAUAUUAUAGUUUCUCUGUUCAUGGCUCAUGUAUUCAGUUUCACAUCUUUUGUUACACUAAUCCAACAUUAAUCUGUAAAUCCAACCCAACAAGAACCAUUUGCUGUAAGGAUUUACUUCUGUAGGCGAAACGUAAUGAACAAUUCACACAAUGCAGCUUCUUUAUAUGUUAAAUCCCUGUUAAUCCAUUUAUUUCUAAGUCCAUUAGUUUUUAAACAAAGAUUUGUUUUAUCCUAUCACAAGUUUAAAACAYGUGAACUACAGCAACACUGGAGGGACACUAUAGUAUGUUUGCUGAUCAGGACAAAGGACAAGCAGUGCACUACCCUUCAAAUAAAUUAAUUUAAAGGUUAAACUGGUUUAGAUGCCCCGUUAAAAUACUGACAUUUCUCAAAGGAUGAAUAGGUAGUGGCCGUUAACAAAAUUAAAGGUGAAAAGUCAUAAACCUUCAUUAAGUUUUAAUGCUUCACACAACGCUAUGGAGUGUUUGUACUAAAAUGGCACAUUGCAAUCAUUUAUUUAGAAAAAAGAGUAAGAAAAAAAAAGUAAUGUUUCUUGGCCGUCACAGUCCUCGCUUCCCAGGGAGAGAUGAGCAACGAUUAUUAUCUUCUGAGUUCAAAAGUUCUAAUUUAAAAAGCAGCACAAUCAGGCGGGCUAAUGCAGCAAAUGUAAAUGUGUUUUUCAGGCUGUAAUUAGUUUUAUUAUUUAAAGUAAUUUAUAAAGCAUGAACUUGGCACAGAAUUGUUCCUUACAAGUCGACUUAAGUGCAACUUUUUCUUUUCUCUUCUUUUYUGUUAACGUCAGAAAAUGCUAACCGGUAACAGUGCUGGACAAACUGUGAGGUGAAAUGUGCCUCUUUUAUUCAAAGUGAGUGUGKGCUCACUUCUGUCUCACCUCUCUGGACUCUUUUUCCCCUCAGUUGUCAAAUAAAAACAAAAAAUGAAGAGCACAAAACUUCUGUCUGGUAAAUAUGAAUGUAGAGCUUCAGUGUCCUCUAACCCUCUUUCCAAAGGUUUUGAGAAUCUUUGCACUUUACCGUCUUAAAAGUGUACCUUCAAAAGAAAUAAAUUACAUUCAGUGA